UUUAUCGGGAGAGACCACGAGGGCGGAGGGCAAGGGCAGAGCAAAGGGCGGGGUUGGAGACAGGUGCUGCGAGCCGCUGCUCCUGGGCGGCGAUUCCCUCCCGACCGGCUGCGGCUUCCGAACAGCGCCGCAGCCACCCAGAGCCUCACCCCGACAGCAGCAGAGAGAUACCCGUUCCCUCCGGAGCCAGCGGCGCGGAGCAGCCCGCGGCGGACUACAUCUCCCAGGAGGCGCCGCGGCUGAGGCCCCCGUGCACGCGCGCGGGGCAGGCGGCAGCGUGGGCAGCCCGCGCAGCCCCCAGCGACCAAGAUGGACGACGAGGAGGAGACGUACCGGCUGUGGAAGAUCCGCAAGACCAUCAUGCAGCUGUGCCACGACCGCGGGUACCUGGUGACCCAGGACGAGCUGGAUCAGACCCUAGAGGAGUUCAAGGCGCAGUUCGGGGACAAACCCAGCGAGGGCCGCCCCCGUCGCACCGACCUGACCGUGCUGGUGGCUCACAACGAUGAUCCCACGGAUCAGAUGUUCGUGUUCUUCCCCGAGGAGCCCAAGGUGGGCAUCAAGACCAUCAAGAUGUACUGCCAGCGCAUGCAGGAGGAGAACAUCACCCGGGCGCUGAUCGUGGUGCAGCAGGGAAUGACCCCCUCGGCCAAGCAGUCCCUGGUUGACAUGGCUCCCAAGUACAUCCUGGAGCAGUUCCUGCAGCAGGAGCUUCUCAUCAACAUCACAGAGCAUGAGCUGGUGCCAGAGCACGUGGUUAUGACAAAGGAGGAGGUGACAGAGCUGCUGGCCCGAUACAAGCUGAGGGAGAACCAGCUGCCCAGGAUCCAGGCUGGGGACCCUGUGGCUCGCUACUUCGGGAUAAAGCGUGGCCAGGUAGUGAAGAUCAUCAGGCCCAGCGAGACAGCGGGCAGGUACAUCACCUACAGACUGGUGCAGUGACACAGUGGGUGUGAGGAGCUGUGUGGCUCCCACCAGCAGUUCAUGGGCUCUUGGAGAUUCCUGCACUUCAGAGAUGGCCAAGGAAAUCCAAGGAAAUUCCCACACUGCCUCUCUGCAGCCCCAUCCCUGGGCCUCAUUCCUUGUCUUCCAGCUUGGACUUUGUGGUGACCCCUCAGUCCCACCCAGGACUCAGCCAUGGGAGAAAACAAGUGGGGAAAGCCUUUUGCUUCCCUGUUUUCUGGGCUCUUGUUUGAAAUAAAGCUUUGUACCCUCA